CCUUUCCGGAAAUAUCGUACAACGGCGCGAGAGACGCGCGCGCCCGGCUGCGAGAAACGAGGGAGUGAGUGGAUAAUGGUAGCGAGGAAGUGCCGGCGUCGUCGCCGUCGUCGAGUGGCGUCCCGCCGUCGCCGGCAGCCCGAGCGACGCUGCUACGACCCGCGCGAGCAACGACGACACCAUCAUCAGCCCGGCGAAGCCGCGGAGUGAACGGCCUCUCUCGCGUGAUCCAGACUACUCCGGAGGACGCGGACGCCCCCGGCGGACUUUUAGAAUUUCGGGGAAAGAGAGAGAGAGACGCGAAGAGGGCUGGCCGGACUCUCCCUCGCAGUGCGCGCGUGAACUCGACGACGACGAUGCGUCGUCGUCUCCGUCGGCGGUGCGUGCGCGCGCGCGCGGACGUGCGUCGGGAGGGUAACAGGGCGCUUUUCGCACUGCGGGGGUAGCGUGUGCUGAUCGAAGGGCCCCGGAGUGAGCGGCGUGAUUGCACGCGCGGCGUUAGUGUGUUUCUCGCGUGUGUGAGCUUUUUUCCUCGGUGAAAAAAGCACGAGAGACGCUCGUUCGUUUUAUCAGCGCCAACUUUUGCGGGACAGGCGUGAAAAAAUUCGCGAGCGUGAAAAUUCGUGGGAAUUAUUCCUGGUAUCGCGAUCUCUACAAAACUCCUGCGAUGCGAGUGAGAAUCGUGUCGCGCGCGUAACGAGAGGAGAAUUAAGUUGAAGGGUGCUCUUAAAAAAAGGUGCCCAGUGUUAUUUCAGCAGUGUCUCGCCGGAGGGAGAAAGAUAAUCGGCGAAACUGGAGCAGCGAGAAGGGAAGAAAUCGGUCGAUCGAGGAUACGAAUUCUCAUUGUCAGUUGGAUAUACGCAGGGUCCUGUAUUGCAGAUGAGUGAUAUCUGGUGACAUAUCGGGCGGAGAAAAUUGGGCGAGAACGCUUGCUCGAUGAAUUACAAACUGGUCUAUUCGUUAAUUUAAUGCGAUAACAUCAUUACCAAUAAUAAUAUCCUACUAAUAAUAAUUAUCUUCUGAAUAAUAUAUAAUAAUAUUCAUAAUUGUGUGUGGGGAGUGUGAUUAAAAUUUAUCGUCUGUUUCAAGUUUGAGAGAGAUAUAUUGCCGUAUAAAAGAAUCUAUAAGUAUAUAUGUGUGAUGUGUAUGUAUACGUGUAUUUGUAUACAUGUCGUUGACGAGAUGAUACAGACGGCGCGAAAAGAGAAAAAGGGAGAAGAAAGGUGACACUUAUAACGACCAAACGAAAGUUGUCAAUUAAUAUUUAAUCGUCGUGUUAAAGUUUCCACGUUCAAUUAUUAUAAAUGUUAAAGUUGGUUCGUCUGUAGUCCCCUGUUAAAUCUACCUCUCUUAAGUAUCGACAACGAAAGCUCGGUAAACGGCCUAUAAACUAUAUCCGUGCAAUAGUGUCAACACGCAAAAAUCCGAAAUCUCGAUGACAAUGAUGGUACCUGGUUUGAUAAGGUAUUGAAUCCCCUUCUUCGAAAAACAAAAGCGCCUGUUUAUCUCGUUUCGAAGAUAACAACGGCGGCAUGAACGUACGAGACUGGUUACAAAGUGCCAUUUGCAGAGUAUCGCGCGAUCUGAAAUCUUCAAGGUCGCGCCUCGACUUCCAAGCUUUGUGUACGCGGUGUAGCCUGUAGAACGGAAUCCUGAAGAGAGACACUCGAUACAUGUAGACGUAGUCGGUGAUCGAGAAAUCGUAGAACAUAGUUAGACUCUGUGUGAGAUGUGAAACAAAGCAACAUGGAGAUCAUCAUGGAACGCAACGCAACGACCAAAAAUUCGACUACAUCAAUGGCCUCCACGAGGUUCGCCAAGCUGCAAUUCAUGUUCCUUCUUGGUCCACAAGAGGGGAUGUGACUUGAUUUAGAAGCGAACCUCGUACGAUGAAUCGCCUCAGGGAUCAUCAAAUAGAAACGUAGGCGCAUAACAAAAAUUAAAUUAAAAAGAAAUAAAAUAAAAAGUACUUGCGACGCGUAGUGCAUCCGACAAAGCUAGAAAAUGGAUUCAACGAAAUUAGGAGGUCCAGCACCGACCAGUCCGAGGUCCACUCACUCGCCAGUUUUGCCGAGCUACGCCACGUCCGGCGAAGGUAACAUCGAUUACAUCAUAGGUGAUUACAUGGAGCGACUGGGCACGAGAUUAAAUAUCCUCGAGACCGAGCUGAAGUACGCGUGGAGAGCGUUGGAUCUUCUCAGUCAGGAAUACAUCAAGAUGUGGGAGAGACUGGAAAAGUUGGAAGGUCUGCUAUACGAGCAGCAAACUGUGAUCAGCCAAUUGAUUGAGUUUUACACCAGUGGUGGCACUCACGACAAUGUAAACAUAAUCGAGGAAACUCUGGCUAAUCAGCAGGGUUCGGUGGGUGAAUUGGACGCGAUCGCAAAGAGCCUAAGUGCGGCGAUAGAUAUCGAAGAUACCACCGUGUUGCGAGAGAAACUGGCUCAACAGGAGCUAGCGAGGAUGCAUGGACUCACGCAGGACAGUACAACAGCUGCGACUGUAGUCACCGAUAUGCAUAGAAAUGUCAGAAAUCUCGAUACCUUGGAGACCCUCGAAGAAGAGGGCAACAUACCUGAUGAGGCAUUCUACAGAAGUCUGAAUAACGCCUAUAGAGAAGAUUUGAUUUGCGGCGACACAUCGAGGCCGACGUCGCAGCUAGGUAUGAUUUGGGAGGAAGCUGAAGACGAAGAUAUAAAUGGCAAGAAGGAAGUAGAGCCUAGCAUUUUCGAUAAGGCUAUACCGAAGGAGAAAGAACUAGAAGAGUUGUCUAGUCAACCGACCAAGGAAGAAGUGCAAACUUCCAUAAUGAAGAAGCAAGACGAAGCAGACGAGGAUGAAGGCGAGGUGUUUAGUGCGGCCGAUUACAAGAGCUACAGGGGAAACACACCGUGCGUCAGUGAACAAGAUCUCGCUCAGCUUUCUAGACUCAGUUCUCUCGAUCAGGUGGCGCUAGAGAAAUUGCACGAAAUAGACAGAUUAACUAGUAAGCUGCAGAAGGACUCGCAGAAUCUGAUAGAAUUGCAAUCGAGAUUAAUGGAUUCGCCGAAACGAAAUCAGUAUUCGUCCGAAGCCGAGGCGAAACUGGCCGAGGAGGCAAGUAGUAUAGACGAGCAAUUGAGAAAAAUCUAUGCAGAGACCGACGUCGACAGUUGGACCUUCUCCAAAAGCCCCGGUUCUACCGGCGGCAGAUCAAUUUCCAGAGUCAGUACCGACAGCGGCCUGGCUACUGACGGCGACUUUACAACGAGAUCUAUAUCGCCAAGACUGACUUCUACGUCCAGGAGCAAUUUAGACUCCAUUUCGACUACCUAUACUCCGCCUAGAUUAGGUUAUACGUCGGCAAUUCUGGAAAAAAGUCCAGAACCCGUGAUUCCGUUGCCGAUCGACGUCGGUAGUUACGCGAAAGGAUACGCGGAGAACAAGGAAUUGACGGAUCUGAUGGCCGAAAGUUUCGCAACGGCUGUCACUUGCGCUUCGCCCAAUAUUUAUAGCACGACAACCGAGAAGGUGUCGUCGCCCACCUUGUCGGCCAGCAGCGUACAGAGUGUUCACAGUGUCCAAGGUCUUCGCACCAGACAGGAUGGCUACUUCGGCAGCGCAGCCCGACUUAAUCUCGAAUUUCAAGAGAGCCGGACGCCACCUAGUCCGUCGCCAAGCUCGCCACCUCCGCCGGCACCGCGAGACACGACCGAAUCUUUUCUCAUGCCUGGUGCGGAGCAGAGAGAACCAGAAGCGAAAAGGUCUCAGAGUCCGAAUUUCUUGCGAAACGCGGAGAAGCUAGUCUCCAUGGAGCAAGGUCGUCUCAGUCCUCGUACUCCUCAUUCGCCCAAGUCACCGAGAGUCUCACCGAAACAUACGGUUAAAUCCAGUAGCGCAGCCAAUAUAGUGACGGUGAAAUCCGAUUCCGGUUUAUCCUCCAUGAGUGGCUGGAGCAGCUUAGAUAAAUCACCAAGUUCCCCGAAGAGCUCCAUCGCUAAGAUGCUGACUUCCUAUUCGGUGGAUCACACACGUGCGAGCAAUCUCGUUACCAGCACGCAGCCCGCCAGGACUUCCAGUCCGAUACCGCCGCUUCCCGAGACGACCAACGCUGUCACCAUCACGCAAGAACCUCUCUACGAUACUCCUGAAGGUAGAGACGCUUUCGCGAAUACCUUGACGACCACGGCCAGCCAUCCUCCUUACACAACAACGAUGAAUCAUUUGGCGUAUACGACUGCCAGCAAGUCGCCGGCUAAAGAAGAUUAUACAUUUGUACCACCGCCAGCUCCGGGUGUGACUACUACUUGUCAGAGUCCCAAGAAACGCAGUCGUCAGCAGAGUCUUCAGCACGCUUUUGCCUCGAUGCCUUCCGGUACGGCAGCAGAUUACGUCUAUAGAUCGGAACAACCGGCUAUUUAUUCCGUGGCUGGCAGUAAUCGGCAGCAAGCUAUCACGAGCGUUUAUACUAGCGGUUCCGGCACGUACGGCCCGAAGACUACUACCUCGGCUUACUAUUCUUCUGACUCGAUGGAUCAUCAAUUUAACAACUACCAAGACAAUUACGGCGCUCUUCAAUACAUCGAGACGACGAGCGCCAUGACCGUUCACGCGAAGAAGCCGUUGCGUGGAAACUCGUUCACGGACGGCAUGACGAAUCACGAAGGAUACAAGGCGGCGAUGUAUCGCACCAUGUUCCCCACCGGCAACAUUACCGAUGCGCUUUCAUACUAUCCGACUAGCGCGACUAAUCUGCCGCGAACGGAGACCAAUGAGAGCACGUCGUGGCUGAACUCGAUGGAGGAACAGAUACCUCACGACUCGACAUCUUCCAGCAUUAGAUCGUUGACCUCCGACGGCAGCUACUCUCAGAGCCCGUACACGGACCGCAGAUAUCCUCAACCACCGGCCUAUCAGCAUGCGGCGUAUCAGCAGCAUCAUACUUACGCGAAUCAAAACUACCCGCAAGCUUAUCAACAACAGUAUCAACCGUACAGCCAACGACUGAGCGGUGCUGAGAGCGCACAGCUCGCGGAUGGUUAUCAAAGACAAUGGCAGAGAGAACAUCAGUAUAUUCAAGAGCACGAAAACGGAAGGAUAUCGAUGGAACAGCAGCAGACGCAGCAGAGUGAAUAUUACGACGCCUCGAGUGUGAUAGUCUCGCAAUCCGGAUACAUCAGCAUCGCGUCGAAUCUAAAGGAUCACGAGGUCGACAACAGCAAGCUGUCAAAAAAGAUCAGAAGAGGCUCUUCGCUGAAGAAUGCAAUGAGCUCCAUGAGCAAUUGGCUACCUGAUUUGCAUCUCAGUAAACGUCACAGGAGUCAAUCGUUACCAGGUGGAGUCAGAAGAGAAGAUUUAGACAUGCCUCAAGAUGGUCAACAGAGGCUGCCCGCCGAGAUGGUAGGCAGAGGCCGGGGCAGAGGAGCGGCUAGAAAAAAGAAAAAGCACACCCUAGUUUCCACCGUCUCCGGUAUUCUUCAGAAAGCCAAACGUCGCAGUCAUCAGUCGCAGUCUUUAUCCGAUCCGGAACAAUCCGAAACCGAAUGGAGCAGUGGUAGACAGAGCGGUCUGUCAGAGGACGAAGAUAGCGUCAUGUCUGACAUCGUACAAGACCCGCCUUUCUUUGCUAAGGUAAAAACCACGAGUAUGAAGAGAAAGCCGCCGCCACCGCAGCAAAUGAUGACGCCACAGCAACAGAUAAUGGUGCAACAACAACAACAGAUGAUUGCGCAGCAACAACAGCUUCAAACGCAACAAAAGGAUUAUAUACAGCAGCAGCAACAACAAGCGCUUCAGCAACAGCAGAUGUUUCAGCAGCAGCAGAUGCUUCAGCAGCAACAGAUACUCCAGCAGCAGCAAGCUCUUCAGCAGCAGCAAGCGCUUCAGCAACAGCAGUCGCUCCAGCAGCAGCAGCAAGCGCUUCAACAACAAAUUCAACAGCAUCAAGAACAAUUGCAUCAACAAGCUCUUCAGGAUACGUGGACCAAGGAAAAGGAACAGAGAAAACCAGAGAUGAAUGAUCAUGACGUAAACGAGCAGUCGGGCAUGUUCGAAGAGGAAGCUUCGGGAAAAAGUACCGGCUCGGGAUCUGGUGGGUCAUCGAUCUUCCAAACGGUCGGCGAUAUUAAGAAAUCGACGGGCAGUUCGGACGAGGCGCCUAACGAGAAAGCGCCGAAAUUGCCUCCGGUCACUCUGAUCGGUGGAUCAAGCAUGGAAUUCGCCGUAUCUCGAGCGCUCGGCAAGUAUCGCCAACGUCAAUCGUCGACGGUAUCUGACGAGCAGCCAGCGAGCGAAGAGAUGAAUAAUGAGAAGAAGACUAUCGAGGAGAGCCCGGCACAAACUCUAGAGACGAGCUUUGAAUAUCCGGAGGACGUGUCGGAGAAGAGCGAGAAAUCAGGUAACGCGAAAUUGCCGGAACUUGUUACCAGUCUGUCGGAGGAAGCUCCGCCGUCGGAGGGUAGCCCGUCAGCGUCUAGCAUGAGAGGUUACAGCUCUACGGGAAGUACACGGUUUCUACCGCGCCACCAACAGUCCUUGGAAAUUCCGUGGACUGGUUCGCGGCCGGGAGAACCCGACGAGGAUAAUCGCAGUACGCAUUCGUAUAGGAGCACAUCGAGAGUGUCCUCGAGGCGACAGAGCACCGAGGACUCGAUCGAUUCCGAAGACGAAUGGUAUUGUUACGAACUGAGAAAGCUGGAGGAGAUGGAGAGGCAGUCGGAAAUGACGGAGAUGACGGAAGCGCUGAUCGAGGAACCUGAAGAAGAAGCUUUCCAACCGGACGAGACCGUGAAAGAAAAGAUGUCGUUUGUGCUGAAGGAGCUCAAACUCAAAGCCAUUACAAAACCGAAGAAGAAGGAGGAGAGGGAAGAGCCACGAACGGCUAGAAUGAACGGUACCGUCAUCAAGGAGCAUCGCCUCGACGAGAGCGACAAUAGAUAUCGCGACGAGAAGCCUAUUCCGAAGCGAAAAUCGGCGGAAAGCGUGGAGGCGGUAUUCGCCAGGGUGACCGAUUAUCAUACAUGGGCGCACGAGAUAGAGGAGAAAACGAAGAAGGAGAAGCCGCCACCACCAUCCACGGAGGAAGGCUCGUCCGGCGAGACAUCCGGUCCGGACAGUCCUGGACAAUCGAUGGACGAGGAAGAGGAAGAGGAGCUGCCGAAGGACCUCGAAGAACAGCAGUCGCGACGAAGUUCCAACGGUUCGACGCUACGUCACAGCGAGAAGAUGCCGCAGGGCUCGGAUUCUUUAUCCCGCGAAGGUAGCGUAAGUGUACCACCUAGCGAAGUGUCGGUCAGCAUCCCGGGAGCUUGGGAUUCUGAAAGCACUGUCCUUGAAGGCCUCGAGCGCGACGGAGCCGGUAGCGCCGAGACGGCUACCACGGCGACCUUGAGUCUACCGAAGAUCAAGAUCGACUCCUCGUCCUGCGGAAGCUCGGACACGACAUUGAAGGAGGGCCAGGUGAGUCCUGGCCCACCCGGGUCCAAGUGGAAGCUGCUCAAGGCCUUGAAGGAACGUAAGGCCGAGGAGAAGCUCAAGGAGGUCGAAGAGGCCUCGAAGGAAAACGCUAUCUCGCAGGGACCCACGGCAAACGGAAGCGGACCAGGCGGCGAAUCCGGCGGACGAGCGAACGGACAUCCAAGAGACAAUUUCUACAGCACCAUCGACAGCAUGCCGGACAUUCGACCGCGCCGGAAGUCGAUACCGUUGGUUUCCGAGCUGGUCUUGAAGACUAUGGCGGCGACGAAGAGGAACGCUGGUCUUACGUCCGCUGUGCCACGAGCUACUCUGAACGACGAGGAGCUGAAGAUGCACGUGUACAAGAAAACUCUGCAGGCGAUGAUCUACCCGAUAUCGUCGACCACUCCUCACAAUUUCGUCACCUGGACCGCCACAUCGCCGACCUACUGCUACGAAUGCGAGGGUCUUCUCUGGGGCAUCGCUCGUCAGGGUGUGCGAUGUAUGGAGUGCGGUGUCAAGUGUCACGAAAAGUGCAAGGACCUCCUGAAUGCCGAUUGCUUGCAGAGAGCGGCUGAGAAAAGCUCGAAGCACGGCGCAGAGGAUAAGGCGAUUAGCAUAAUUACGGCGAUGAAGGAGAGGAUGAAGCAACGAGAACGAGAAAAACCAGAGAUCUUCGAACUAAUUCGGUCAGUCUUCGGGGUCGACGAAAAGGCGCACUCGGGUCACAUGAUGUCGGUGGAGCAGUCGGUUUUGGACGGUACCAGCAAGUGGUCGGCGAAGAUCGCUAUUACAGUGAUCGGCGCCCAGGGAUUAAUCGCCAAAGAUAAAAGCGGCACAUCCGAUCCCUACGUGACGGUCCAAGUUGGCAAAGUGAAGAAACGUACGAGGACCAUGCCGCGAGAGUUAAAUCCAGUGUGGCACGAGAAGUUCUACUUCGAGUGCCACAAUUCGUCCGAUCGAAUCAAGGUUCGAGUGUGGGAUGAGGAUAACGACCUCAAGUCGAAGCUGAGGCAAAAGCUCACGAGGGAGAGCGAUGACUUUCUCGGGCAGACCAUCAUCGAGGUCCGGACGCUCAGCGGCGAGAUGGACGUCUGGUACAAUCUGGAGAAGAGGACGGACAAGAGCGCGGUGUCGGGCGCGAUUCGGCUACACAUUAGCGUCGAAAUUAAGGGCGAGGAGAAGGUGGCGCCUUAUCACGUGCAAUACACCUGUCUGCACGAGAACCUCUUCCACAGCCUGUGCGAGGAGAACGGCGGCAUGGUAACUCUGCCACAGGCGAAGGGCGACGACGCCUGGAAGGUCUACUUCGAUCCUCCCGGCGAGGAGCUCGUUGACGAGUUCGCCAUGCGCUACGGCAUCGAGAGCAUCUACCAGGCGAUGACGCACUUCCACUGCCUCUCAACCAAGUACCUGUGUCCAGGCGUGCCGGCCGUUAUGUCGACUCUUCUGGCAAACAUAAACGCGUACUACGCCCACACGACCGCUAGCCCGGCCGUGUCGGCCAGUGAUAGAUUCGCCGCCAGUAACUUCGGGAAAGAGAAAUUCGUCAAGCUACUGGAUCAGCUGCACAACUCUCUCAGGAUCGACCUAUCAAUGUAUAGGAACAACUUCCCGGCCUCAAGCCAAGAGAAAUUAAUGGAUUUAAAGAGCACCGUGGAUCUGCUGACGAGUAUCACGUUCUUCCGUAUGAAAGUCCAGGAACUGUCGAGUCCGCCGCGGGCCAGCACCGUUGUCAAGGACUGUGUCAAGGCAUGCCUGCGAUCGACCUAUCAGUUCCUCUUCGAGAACUGUUACGACCUGUACAAUCGAGAGUUCCAAGCAGACCCGAACGAGGCGAAGAGGGACUCGGACGAUCACGGGCCGCGGCUGGACUCGCUCGACUUCUGGCACAAGUUGAUCGCCUUGAUAGUCUCGGUGAUCGAGGAGGACAAAAACAGCUAUGCGCCCGUGUUGAAUCAAUUCCCUCAGGAGCUCAACAUCGGUCAACUGUCGGCGGCCACGAUGUGGUCUCUGUUUGCGGUGGACAUGAAGUACGCUCUGGAGGAGCACGAGCAGCAUAGACUGUGCAAGUCCUCGGCCUAUAUGAAUCUACACUUCAAGGUCAAGUGGCUACAUGCCAAUUACGUCAAGGACGUGCCGCCAUAUAAGGGCGCCGUGCCGGAAUAUCCGGCUUGGUUUGAGCCCUUCGUCAUGCAGUGGCUUAACGAGAAUGACGAUGUCUCGUUAGAAUAUCUCCACGGUGCCUUUAGUAGAGAUAAAAAGGAAGGCUUCCAAAAGAGCAGCGAGCACGUGCUCUUCAGCGUCUCCGUCGUCGACGUCUUCACGCAACUGACGCAGUGCUUCGACGUGGUAUCGAAACUCGAGUGUCCGGAUCCGGAGAUCUGGAAGAGGUACAUGAAGAGAUUCGCGAAGACCAUCGUCAAGGUUCUGGUGGCCUACGCGGAUAUAGUGAAGAAAGAAUUCCCCAGUCAUCUAAAGGAGGAACGAAUCGCGUGCAUUCUGAUGAACAACAUCCAGCAACUUCGGGUGCAGUUGGAGAAGAUGUUCGAAUCGAUGGGAGGCGACAAGCUCGAGGAAGACGCGGCGAACAUAUUGAAGGAAUUGCAACAGCAGCUGAACGGCGCUCUGGACGAUCUGGCCAUGCUCUUCGCGAACAGUCUGGAGCCGCGAAUAACGGUUUCUGUCAGAGAGUUGGGAGAUCUUCUGUGUGCUAUCAAAGGCGGAGGGCAGGUAACUUUAUCACAGCCGGCCCAGAGAAACAACGUAACUGCGGAGGCUGACGACGUUUUGAGGCCGCUCAUGGUUCUACUCGACGGUAGUCUAUCUUUGUACGCCGAGUCGUGCGAGAAGACGGUACUGAAGAGACUGUUGAAAGAACUGUGGAAGAUAGUCAUGAGGAUUUUAGAGAAGACCGUAGUUUUGCCACCUAUGACGGAUAAGAGCAUGAUGUUCAAGAACUUGACAGAUAAUGCCAAAAAUCUCGCCGCGAAUGCCAAGAUAGAAGACAUGUCGAAGCUGUUUAAGAAUCACAUGGCCGGGAAGCCCGAUGUGAAAAAUGCCCUUAGCGGAGUUAUGGAUAUCUCCAAGGAAGUGGAGAAGAAUCUUUCGCCGAAGCAGUGCGCGGUUCUCGACGUCGCUCUGGACACGAUUAAACAGUACUUCCACGCCGGUGGUAACGGCUUGAAGAAGACAUUCCUGGAGAAAUCGCCGGAACUGCAGAGCCUCCGUUACGCACUGAGUUUGUACACGCAAACAACGGACACCCUCAUCAAGACCUUCGUCACUUCGCAAAUCGGUCAAGUGCCGCUGAACGACGCGUCAACGCUACGUCAGCGUCAGCGUUCGAUGAGCAGCGAGAGGGGUGACGAAGGGGAAGGAGCCGAGGGUAUGGACCUCGAGGAACCCCUUCGCCAGAGCAAGCCCUCUCUUCGUCGAGAGAGCCGACAAGUUCCAGAUAUCGCCGCUUCGGAAGAGGGUUCGGUGGGCGAAGUUAGCAUCCAGGUGGAUCUUUUCACACAUCCGGGAACGGGAGAACAGAAAGUCACCGUCAAAGUUGUUGCCGCGAACGAUUUGAAGUGGGUGUUGGCGACAGGCAUGUUCAGACCAUACGUCGAGGUGAAUCUGAUCGGGCCGCAUCUCACUGGCAAAAAGAGGAAACAAUCGACGAAAUCGAAGAGCAAUAACUGGUCGCCGCAAUUCAACGAGAGCUUCGACUUCAUGAUCGGUAACGAGCAACAACAGCUAGACUUUUACGAGCUACACAUUUGCGUGAAAGAUUACUGCUUCGCGCGAGAGGACAGACUCGUCGGCGUCGCGGUGAUGCAGCUGAAGGACAUCGUCGAGGAGGGUUCGUGCGCGUGCUGGCUGUCGCUCGGCAAGCGCAUCCAGAUGGACGAGACCGGCUGGACGAUCCUGCGAAUUCUCUCGCAGCGCAACAACGACGAGAUCGCGAAAGAGUUCGUGAAGCUCAAGAGCGACAUCAGGCAGGAGACACCGCUGCCGAAUCCUACCUGAGGAGACACGACGCCGCGUUAAAUAAGCCGACCGCGAAGCGAUUCGAGUACUUCGAGCUUGGAAAGAGCCCGAAGAGGAGGAGGAUGGGAUGAGAAACAGGAGGCCGUCCAAAGGGAGUUAGCAUUAUUCGAUGCCUAUGGUGCCACGGAGCGAACGAAAUCUUUCACGACUAAUUUCGCGAGAGAAAGAGCGAGUGUGUUAGAAUGAGAGAAAGAGAGAGAAAGGUAAUUCGCCCGAGGAAAACGAACCCUUCCGCCCUUCUCCGCUGCGAGACACUACGCCAGGGAGGAACCAGGAUCCUAGGCAGCAGGAUUUCUUUUAUCGUGGAAUUUCCUUCCUCCGGCUCCCUCGCGCCGCAGAGCUCGGUCGAGUUUGGUAUAUCCCUCUCCCUUUUUUACGUCUUACAAAACACGUACACACAUAUAUACAUACAUACACACGCACAUAUAUAUAUAAAAUAUACAGAGCUUUAACCCCGUCCCUGGACAGCGACGAUGAGCACCGGGAAACCACCUGAUCCAUAUGAUCCCGAGCUAGGACGACGAGCUAGGUCAACAAUCCCGCGUGGCUCGGCGUUCGUCCGGCAAUACAAUAAGGAAAAAAAGAGGGAGAAUUUCUCCUACCCAGAUUUACGGAAAGAACGGAAGCUCGGACAGCGACGACGCUUUAAUACUAUAUAAGACACGUCGGACUCUUCUUCGUGCGAGUGAGACACAGGGGAGAGAGAGAGAGAGAGAGGGGAGGAGGGAGGAAGAGAUGAAGGAAGAGGAGUGUUCGCGAGCCGAGGAAACGCGAAAAUAGUGCUGCCAGUACGCAAUAUAUUUGGUAAUAUUCGUAACGUAAAAUAGGACGAGAGAAAGAGAGAGAGAGAGAGAGAUGAGAGCGCCGCGAAAAGGACUGAGAAAACGGUGUGUCGCGCAAAAAUUCCGCGACAAGGACUCUCUCUCUCUCUCUCUCUCUCUCUCUCUCGAUCGGACGCGCCGCCGUUCGCCGAAAGACUGACCUCUGAGAUCAGGGAGAAGACGAAGAAGAGACGAGAGGAGACCCGGUCCAGCGCGUGCGGCAUCAGGAUCCUCGACCGUCACGUGCUAAAAAACAAGAGGAGGACGAAGUCGAACGCGCCGCGCAAGGAUGUGCAGAAGAAGGAUCAUAUGUAGAGAGGAGGAUCGCAAAAAAAAAAAAAAAAAAAAAGAAGAAAUACGAAAAUUCAUAAUUAACACACACGUACACACAUACACGCGCACGCGAUACGACCGCGUCGUUUCUAGGCCGUUUGUUCGAGGAGGACGAGUUUACUGUAGAUAACGUGAAAACAUUGUUGACGAAAAAAAAAAAAGGUUUUUCUAAAUAUACAGUUUAAAUGUAGCAUUGCGUACGACCAAAUAGGCACGUCCUGUGACGUCACUCAGCGACGUGCCGUUAGUAAUAAAAACAAAAAAAAGUUAGUAAGGCAUUGUAAUUGUAAAGUAACGUUCUUAUUCGCAUAAGAUUAUACCAGAGAUGGAUCGUCUGACUGCUGCUGAUGUUAUUGCCGCUGUUGCGAAUGAUGAUGUCCGAGAUCCGUCCGAGGACUUCGGGAUGAGUUGCGCAAAAGCGUGGAAACGAUUCCGGAACGCGAGAAAAUCUAACAUAAUUAAGACACGCACGCGACGAUCGAUAUCAUCGCUCGCGUUUCCGGGUAAUCGUUUUCGGGUGUUUUGAUGUAACAGAAAGAGGAGAAGAAUUUUGAGGACGAAUUCACCUUCUACGAACCGGCGAGCGUGCGAGGUCUAAAAAUGAAACUUUACAUCCUUGUAAUUAGUACUGUCGAUACUCGGGGAUAUUUCAGGUGCGAUUAUCCGAGCGACCGAUAUUAUUUCUCCGGUAUAUUGUUCACUCGGGUCUAACUUUGAAAUCUAACAUCUCUGACUCGUGAAUCUUGAAUCAAUGCUACUCGUAGUGCGCGCAAAGUAAUCAUAUCGUAGCUCUUGAUUCCGUCUGUAGCGAUCGCUGCUUCUUUACGCACGUCUCUCUCUCUCGAAAUAUGACGUAUCGAGGAACUGGACGUUAAAAUCCGCUACUAUUCCUAUUAUCGCUAUUAGCUUCAUCAUCUUCUGUACGUCUCGUCUCGUACUAUACUUGUACAUAUAGCGGACGUUCGCCUGUUCGUAUAAGAAUACGCGUUACGCACGAUUCUCUGUCGUCUCCGCCGAUCUCUCUUAUACCUCUAGAGAAAUUCGUAUCAGAUCGACGGGGUUCGAAGGGACGUCUCCUCUCGAAGAAACGAUCGCAGCACAUCCUCGCGAUAUUCGCUCGAUCGUACGAAGCUUCGGUCGGAUCCCUCCGUGAGAGAAACACAAAUGCACGCGAUCUCGUAUCCGAUGAAUCCAAUCAUCGCCCAGCCCGUGCAGGUGCCCGGGCAGGUACAACACAACUCCGGAGAGAUUACGCUAUAUUCAAAAGUUUCUACUACGUAGUACGUCUAGAUUAUACUUACGUAUUGUGUAUAGUGUCUAAACUGCUGAUGUAGCUGCGAGCGCGGGAUUUUCGAUCGGCAAAGAGAGAAAGAAUCGAGUACAACACUUAAUAAACAAAAUAAUAAUAAUAUAUGAACGUCCGAUCAACACACACACAUAUACACACCUCAGCUGCAGAUGCUUUCCGAAUUUGAGUGUGUGUUCGUCGAAACAUCGCACCAUGAAUUGAAGGAUCUUAUCAGCAACAGUGAUGUAACCUACCUCUUUGAGAACACUUUCGUGAAAGAAUUAAUCUUAAAGUUAAGAGAAAUAAAUUAAUAUUAAUUAAUUAUAGAUUAAUCAUUUAUAUAUUCAUUAAGUUUAAAUAUUUAACAAAAAAAAGAGUGUGACAGAUAUUCUAUCGGAACGUUGAUAUAUAUUUCAAAAUAUCCUUCGCCAAUCAUAUACAAGACAUCUAGAAUCAUAUUAGAAUCUUGCUAGAACGUUUCAACUUCAAUUUCAUGAUCGAUUUGAAGAAAGCACCUGCAUCUGCAUCUGUCACCGACGUUGUCGGAAAUUCAAGCAGGAAAGAAAAAAACACGGGUCCGCGACCUCGCCACCAUCUUCAUUUGUAAAAGUGUCUAUUUUCUCCGCUGCCUAACUAAGUACAUUAUUGAAUACGAAUGGGCUGGCGAAUUCGGCAUUCAGAUCGAUCUCGUCGACGAACCCGUCUCCGAACGAUAUCUCAUUUGGAUCGGAUCGACCGAAAAAAAAAUCUCGAUCCUGGAUCCAUCGACGCGAUCGUCGACGAGAUUGGUCGCCAAUUUUUCCUCCUACUCUUCGCUUCGAUUAAUAUCUCUUGUAAGCUUAAAUGAAAAUAUCUCGUGUAUUCUGUGAUAAUUACCCCUUAAAAAGGACACUAAAACACGCUACACCGUACACGCACAAAAAAAAAGACAAACACACACGUACGAAGGGGAUGAAGUCCGCGUAUGCGGAACAAGGAAAUUGUACAGAAACUCUGGACACAGACAUAUAAACAAAGAUAGAUACAACUUACGUCAUUACACCGAUCCCAAACAUAGCAGCAGUAUUCUUCUUCUUUAAACACAUUCCCAUGUUUCUAUUCUCUGUAAUCAUUAAACGUUCGAGGAAUGUCAUCGGGAUGGUAACGAAAGACAAAAAAAGAGAUAUAUAUGUAUAUACUUAUACGUACGUAUAUAGAGUGUGUUGAUCCAGGCUCGCCUUUACUUCCUUGCAUCUACCGAUCCUGUGACCAAUUCGCAGUUAAUUUUUCCUUAGCGAAAGUUUGAUCCUUUUCCACGACUUUCUAAUGUCAAAUACAUCUUAAGCCUCUUAAAUAAAAAUUCUGUGAAAGUAAAAUUCACUUUGAUCUGAAUAAAAUUUAAUAAGGCUC